AUUUUAUUGAGGGUUAUACUCAUGGCUGCUCAUCGAUAUGAACUCUUUCUCUGUAAUACUCGUGGCUUUUAACUUAGUCUUUCUUCUCUUCAGGUCUGUAGCUAUCUCCGAUUCCUUAACGACUCAAAACCCAUAUCUCAGAGAUGGCCUUAGUUUGGUCUCUAGAAAUGGAAUCUUUAAAUUGGGUUUCUUCAGUCCUGGACUUCCCGGCAACCGUUACUUGGGAAUCUGGUUCAAAAAUCGCCGAGGUCCGACCUCUGUUUGGGUUGCGAACAGGAGAAACCCCAUUAAUGAUUCUUCUGGUGUACUGGUGAUGAACAUUACAACAGGAAAUCUUACACUCUACAGCCAUAAUUCCACUGCCAUUGUUUGGUCCGCCAGGUUACUGAGAAAAGUCCCCAAUGGGAUACUCCAAUUAUUGGACACUGGAAAUCUUGUGCUGAGGAACUGGGAAGAUGAAAAUCCCCAAAACUAUUCCUGGCAAAGCUUUGAUUACCCUUCCGACACUCUCUUGCCUGGAAUGAAGCUAGGCUGGGACUUGAGAAAUAACAUAGAAAGAAGAUUAGAGGCUUGGAAGAAUCUAAAUGAUCCAUCUCCUGGAGACCUCAGUUGGAGGAUGGAGCUUCAUGAAUAUCCCGAGACUGUCAUGUGGAGAGGUUCCAAAAAGUACGUUAGGCAUGGCCCAUGGAAUGGUGUGAGGCUCAGUAGUAGACCACUAGCCGCAGCGCCAAUUUUGAACUUUAACUUUGUUUCAAAUGAGGACGAGGUUUAUUACCAGUACUCUGUUGUAAAUAAGUCUCAUUCAGUGAUGUUGGUGCUGAACCAAUCGAGUUACAUGCGAAUAUUAUACUUGUGGUCUGUAGCUGAAAGACGGUGGAGAGUUUACACUUCAUUACCAAGAGAUUACUGUGACAAUUAUGCCCUGUGUGGCCCUUAUGGAUAUUGUGAUAUAAGAGUCACUCCAUCUUGUAAAUGUCUAGAAGGGUUUAAGCCAAGAUCACCUGAUAGUUGGAGGACAGGGGAAUUUGCGGACGGUUGUGAACGAAACAAACUGAUGAACUGUGGUGAGGAAGUUGGGUUUGCACAGGUCAGCCAGUUGAAAUUGCCAGACACAAAGCAUACUUGGGUCAACAAAAGCAUGAAUCUUGAAGAGUGCAGGCAAAAAUGCUUGAGAAAUUGUUCAUGUAUGGCUUACGCAAUGACAAAUAUCAGUGGCAGUGGCAAUGGCUGUGCCUUGUGGAUUGGUGAUCUAAUUGACUUGAAACUGAUCCCGGACGCAGGACAGGAUUUAUAUGUCAAAAUGCUGGCAUCAGAAUUAGUCAAGCAUAGGGAGCCAAACAAAACUGGAAGACUGAAUCCUAAGGUGAAGAUUGCUUUGUUUGUGAUUUCCGGUGUAGGUUUGGUCAUCCUCUGCAUAUGCGUAUACAUUUUCAAAAAGAGGUCAACCUUCAAAGAUGACCAUGAGAAAAUAGAAGCUCAAGACCUGGAGCUUCCCUUGUUUGAUCUAUCCGUGAUUAACAGUGCCACAGAUAACUUCUCACUUAAUAAUAAGCUAGGAGAAGGUGGCUUUGGGCCGGUAUACAAGGGUAAGCUUACAAAUGGACAAGAUAUUGCAGUGAAGAGACUUUCGCAGAGUUCUGGACAAGGAACGAAUGAAUUUAAGAAUGAAGUAAGCCUGAUUGCAAAACUGCAACAUCGAAACCUUGUAAAGCUUCUUGGUUGCUGCAUUCAAGGAGACGAGAAAAUGCUAGUUUAUGAGUAUAUGCCUAACAAAAGUUUGGACUUCUUUAUAUUUGAUCAAACACAACGUCGAUUAUUAAACUGGUCAAAACGGUACUGCAUUAUUUGUGGAGUUGCUAGAGGACUCAUGUAUCUUCAUCAAGAUUCUAGAUUGAGGAUUAUACAUAGAGAUUUAAAAGCAAGUAAUGUUUUACUUGAUGUGGAUAUAAAUCCAAAAAUCUCUGAUUUUGGGCUAGCUAAAACUUGUGGUGGGGAUCAAACAGGAGGACGAACAUUAAGAGUGGUUGGAACUUAUGGAUAUAUGGCACCAGAAUAUGCUUUUGAUGGACAAUUCUCUGUGAAAUCUGAUGCUUUUAGUUAUGGCAUUUUGUUGCUGGAGAUCAUUAGUGGAAAAAGAAGCAGAACUUUCUGCCAUUUGAAAGACCAAAACCUAAUUGCAUAUGCAUGGCGAUUGUGGAAAGAAGGAAAUAUAGAAGAAUUGAUCGAUGAUGCGAUUCGAGAAACAUGCAGCCUUUCAGAGGUAUUGAGAUGUAUCAAUAUCAGUUUGUUGUGUGUUCAACAACAUCCUAAUGAUCGACCCACAAUGUCAUCGGUGGUUAUGAUGUUAGGCUGUGAAAUUCCCCUGUUGCAACCAAAACAACCCGGAUUUUUCAUAGAAAAUGAAGCCAUUGCAAUGAAAAGUGCCUCAAGUAAAGAUAAAUCAACUUCAACUAAUGAAUUGACUAUUACGCUCCCUGAUCCAAGGUAAGAACAAUCAAGGUUUUUAGUUUUUAGUUCAAGCCUAAGAACCUUACUUGAUCAAAUAUUAGCUUGAAUGAUGAACACUAAAUGCUAGAGUUUGUUUCUUAGUACGUGGGUGGAAAUCCCACACUUGGAAAAGUUUCUUUCCUUGAAAUAUUAUUGGUUAUUAGUUUUCUAAAAAGGAGAUUAUCAAACUGCAUAAUAAUAUUAAUAUAUUAUUUUCCA